AUGAGGCCUGCGACUACUGCGCCUGCCGCUUUCCGCGCUGCGACGUCCAUCGCACGACUCCCCCGCCCAAAGACGUGCUCCUUUGCGACGCGCUGCCUAGCUUCCCAGACUGCUGCGAGAUCGGCCCAGUUUUCGAGCCCGCGACGAACAUCCGCAAACAGCGCCCCAACACCAGCACCCAGCCUAUACACGCAGAUUGGACAGUACAGGAUGGCGUCCUCGCAGGGAAUCAAGAAGAUCCAGGUCAAGAACCCCGUGGUGGAGCUCGACGGCGAUGAGAUGACCAGGAUCAUCUGGCAGGUCAUCAAGGACAAGUUCAUCCACCCAUACCUCGACAUCGACCUCAAGUACUACGACCUGGGUCUGCCCUACCGUGAUGAGACCAACGAUCAGGUGACGCUCGACGCCGCCGAGGCUAUCAAGAAGUACUCUGUCGGUGUCAAGUGCGCGACCAUCACCCCCGAUGAGCAGCGCGUCGAGGAGUUCAAGCUCAAGAAGAUGUGGCUGUCGCCAAACGGCACCAUCCGCAACCACCUAGGAGGAACCGUUUUCCGCGCGCCCAUCGUCAUUCCCACCAUUCCCCGUCUCGUACCCGGCUGGAAGCAGCCCAUCAUCAUCGGCCGUCACGCUUUCGGCGACCAGUAUCGUGCGAAGGACCGCGUGAUCCCCGGCGAGGGCACACUCGAGAUGGUCUUCACACCCAAGGGCGGCAAGCCUGAGGUCAUCAAGGUCUACGACUUCCCAGCGGAGGGCGGUGUCGCGCAAACGCAGUACAACACCACCGAAUCCAUCUCCGGCUUCGCACACGCCUCCUUCAAGAUGGCGCUGGACAAGAAGCUGCCGCUGUACAUGAGCACCAAGAACACCAUUCUCAAGGCAUACGACGGCAAGUUCAAGGAUGUCUUCCAGGCCAUCUACGACAGCCAAUACAAGAAGGAGUUCGAGGCUGCCAAGAUCUGGUACGAGCACCGCCUGAUUGACGACAUGGUCGCCCAAAUGAUCAAGAGCGAGGGCGGCUACAUCAUUGCCAUGAAGAACUAUGACGGAGACGUCCAAUCCGAUAUCGUCGCCCAAGGCUUCGGCUCCCUCGGCCUCAUGACCUCGACCCUCAUCACCCCUGACGGCAAGACCUUCGAGGCCGAAGCCGCGCACGGUACCGUCACCCGCCAUUUCCGCGAACACCAAAAGGGCAACGAGACCUCCACCAACCCCAUCGCCUCCAUCUACGCCUGGACACAAGGUCUGGCCAAGCGUGGUGAGCUGGACAACACACCUGAGCUCGUUGUUUUCGCCGAGCAGCUCGAGAAGGCUUGCGUGGACACUGUGGAUAUCGACAAGAUCAUGACUAAGGAUCUGGCCCUUGCGUGUGGAAAGAAGGACCGGGCGUCUUGGGUCACCACCAAUGAAUAUCUUGAUGCCGUCGAGAGGAGAUUAAAGUCGAGCUUGAAGGAGAAGCUAUAG